AGAGGGAGAGAGAGGAGGCGAAAGCUCCCCCAGCUGUUUCCUGUCUACAGUGUCUGUGUUUUGUAGAUAAAUGUGAGGAUUUUCUCUAAAUCCCUCUUCUGUUUGCUAAAUCUCACUGUCACUGCUAAAUUCGGAGCAGAUAGAGCCUGCGCAAUGGAAUAAAGUCCUCAAAAUUGAAGUGUGACAUUGCUCCUCUAACAUCUCCCAUCUCUCUGGAUUUCUUUUUGCCUCAUUAUUCCUGCUCACCAAUUCAUUUUCAGACUUUGUACUUCAGAAGCAAUGGGAAAAAUCAGCAGUCUUCCAACUCAAUUAUUCAAGUGCUGCUUCUGUGAUUUCUUGAAGAUAAAGGUACACAUCAUGCCGUCUUCACAUCUCUUCUACCUGGCACUCUGCUUGCUCACCUUCACCAGCUCUACCACAGCGGCACCAGAGACCCUCUGCGGAGCUGAGCUGGUGGACGCUCUUCAAUUCGUGUGUGGACCGAGGGGCUUUUACUUCAACAAGCCCACAGGCUAUGGCUCCAGCAUUCGGAGGGCACCUCAGACAGGCAUUGUGGACGAGUGCUGCUUCCGGAGCUGUGAUCUGAGAAGGCUGGAGAUGUACUGUGCCCCCCUCAAGGCUACAAAAACAGCCCGCUCUAUCCGUGCCCAGCGCCACACUGACAUGCCCAAGACUCAGAAGUCCCAGGCCCUAUCUACAAACAAGAAAAUGAAGCCCCAAAGGAGAAGGAAAGGAAGUGCAUUUGAAGAACGCAAGUAGAGGAAGUGCAGGAAACAAGAACUACAGGAUGUAGGAAGAACCUCCCAAGAAGCAGAAAAUGAUGUGUCACGGCAGGAUCCUUUGAUCUGCAUGAACAACCUGCAAAACAUUGGAACACCGACCAAAAUAAUAAGAAUAAUAAGUUCAAUAACAUUUCAAAGAUGGGCAUUUCCCCCAAUGAAAUAUACAAGUAAACAUUCCAACAUUGUCUUUAGGAGUGUUUGUUAAAAACUUUGCAACUUGCAAAAGUGGUCCUGGAGUGGGUAAAUUGCUGUUGAUCCUUUAUCAAUAACGUUCUAUAGAGAAAAAUAUAUAUAUAAUUAUAUCUCCUAGUCCCUGCCUCUCAAGAGCCGAAAAUGCAUGGGUGUUGUACAAAUCCAGUUGCACUAAAUUCCUCUCUGAAUUUUGGCUGCUGAAGCCAUUCAUUCAGCAACUGUGUAUACGUGGUUUAUGAAUUGCUCUCUUAUUUUUACUUUUCCCCACAUAGCUCAAGCUGCUUGUUUUACAGAGUGUAAUGGUCUUGUCUAUCUCCAUUAGCCCUUUCUCUAACAUUGGUAUUUGUUGAAUUUGGCCUCCUCAAAAGCAAGAGCAAGUAAGUAGUCAAUUGGCCCACCAAGUUUUAACCCUCCUGACUUCAUCUGUGGCAUUUGUACCAAAUAUAAGUUGGAUGCGUUUAUUUUAGACACAAAGCUUUAUUUUUCCACCUCGUAUUACAAGAAAAAAAAAUUAGAAGGACAAUAACUGCAACUUUGAGGCCAAUCAUUUUUAGGUAUGUGUUUGAAACGUAGAACAUCUCUUCAACUCUUGGUGGUUCCUUCAAAUGAUAAGUUAGUAUGUAACCUAACUAGCGAUUGCUCUUUUUAUUUUUUUCCAUAAUAGAGCACUAUGUAAAUUUAGCAUAUCAAUAAUACAGGCUAUAUCAACCAGUAUGUAAAACUCUGUUGUUGUUGUUUUUUUAGUACAAUGGUGCUAUUUUGUAGUUUGUUAUAUGAAAGAAUCUGGUCAAAACGGUAAAAGGUGAAAGCAAAGCAAAGAUGAAAGCCUGGAGCCUAAGAUGACAAAACUUAGAAAGGGAACUGACAAAAAAUCCACCCUCUUGGGAGACACAAAGGCCUCCCCAGCUAUGCCUUCCGAGAGGAAUUUAAGACACAAAGUCCACUGAGACACACUUGGCAAGUGUGUCCAGAGAGGAAGCUAUGGCAUGGGAAAAGCAAGAGGCUAGGGAUUUUAGGAGUCCUGGUUUCUUUUUAUCACCGAAGAAACAAGGAUUUGCAACUUCUGCCACAUGGACUCACCACCAUGUGACCUUGGUCAAGUCACUCCACCUCUCGGUGCCUCCGUUUCCUCAUCUGCAAAAUGGGGGGCAAUAUGUCAUCUACCUACCUCAGAGAGGUGGUAUGAAUAUUAAAAAGAUAGAUCUUCAGAUUUUUCCUCUGGGUUUCCAGGAGGGUGCAACAUCAGAGCCCUUGAAUUGCUGAGAUGCAAGGAAUUCUGUAAAUAACCCAUUGACAGUGUAGCUCCAAGGAUUAUUCGUCAGUCACUGAGGUGACAGUAUGAUACCCAGGUUCUAAUUGGUGAAGCUGUCCAACUAACUAGUGAAGAGCUAAUGACUCCGUCUCCCCAGCAUGCUGCAAAGUAAGAGACAUUUGAUGCAUAAUUUGGUUUUACUUCUGCAUUGAACUUAUGAAUAUAAAGAUAAGUGAAAAGAAAGAAAAAGGGAGAAAGAGAAAGAUCCUUGCCAAUUAAAGAGUAUUCCAUUUAUCUACUCAUAUUAAUCCUUGUAGACACUUAGUAUCUAGGAAUAACUCUAAUAUUAUCAAUGAUAAUCUAUUCAGUUUGAAAACCACAUUUUCAUUCCCUUUAGCAUAUAAAAAAAUAAAUACCCUAAUAAUAAUAUCUAUUAAAAACCACAAGUUACUUUAGUGGAUGUACUCUUAUGCCCUUGCUUGCGUAUAUACGUACUUACUUUAUUUUGUGAAAACGUGCUGGCCAGAAUUGCUACUUGAGAGGCAAAAAGUUUCCAUCUCAGCCCCAAGGUUCUCCCUAGUGUCUGCUUAAAAGAAAGAAUUCAGCUUCCUGCAGAUGUGCAGGAUACAUUCAACUGGGCAUUGAUAACCAAAAGAACCUAGAAUAGGUCCCCUGUUUGUGGAGCAAGAUUGUCUCCCUCUUUAGAACAAAAAAUUAUCCAAUAUCCAGUUAAUCUUAUGUACAGCCUUUUCUCUUUUGCAGACUUCCUUAAUAUUCUCACAAAAUGUUUAAGAAAAACAAAAACAAAAAACAAGACAUUUUUAGUUUUCCUUCUGCUGGGUUGCCUCAAGCAUCUCUGAAUAAAUGAGAAAGUGCUGUUCAGUAAGACCCUCAGAAGGAUUUGGCGAGCGAGCUGAACAUGCCCUAUAUACAUCAUGGAGAGACGUAAAUGGAAUAUUAGGUCCAUUUCACCAUCUCUCUGUUUCCCAGAGGUGUGGUGGGAAAAGUUGGACCUUCCCAUACCCAGGGUGGCAGUUCUGACGUUAGUUCUUGUUUCCAGUGUAUACCUUUUAAAGUUAGUGAUUCCAAGAAAGCCUUAUAGGCAGUCUUAAACAGAUUUGUGGGGUUCCUGCCAUGGUUGGAUAUGGUGAUUCCAAGUGUCUGUCACAUGUUUUGUUUAUUUAAUUCUAUACAUAGUCAAAAAUUCUCUCAAUGAUGAAAACUUAAAUAUGCAAUCCUUUAUCCAAUACAUAAUUCUCUCCAACUGAAUCAGAAAUCAACUAAUAAAAAUUAAUAAUACUAACACAUCAUUAUACUCUCAGAUGAAUGAACACUGCAAGAUAAAUCUACAUAAACUCUGAAAGCCAACUGACCAUUAUAUGAUAAAUCAGAAUGAAUCAAGAUUGGUAGGAAAUGACACUUCAAAUUUUACAACUCUAAAUUUUGUAAGCUUUGCUACGGAGUUAAAUAGUUUAGUGUCUAGAAAUGGGGCAACUUUAAGAAGUUCACAAAAGAAUUAUAAAGAUAGGUAGGAAGGAGUUUUCAUUUGAUAGGCUUAUUCCUGAUUUAAUUAAAAAUACUCAGUACCUAGGUCAAAUUUUGGUCCUAGUCGCCAAAGAAUAUCAGUUGUUUGAACAUUGUAAGGUGAAUCAGUUCUACUGAAAAAGUUAACACAUCUCUCAACUAUAAUCUACUUCCCUAGAGUAAAAAAACCACUUUUUUAAUCCCCAUCCUACAUGUAUGCAUACACAUGUGCACACACACACACACACACACACACACACACACACACACACACACACACCACCUACUCACCCUAAGAGACUCCAAAUGGAAUAAUAAAAAGAAAUCAUUUCCAUGAAAAUCUUAUGUUUAAUAAAGGCAGCCCUGCCCCCUUGAGACUCCUUCCCCUUCUUGGAAUAUCAAUGCAACAUGUGGAAUGUCUGUGUAGAUGAAACCAUCUCAUACCCCAUGGCUCCAGGAUUUCUGCUGCUGGUGUGAGCACUUGGAGGGUAUAAGGAAAAGAGGGUGCAGCAUGUUUUGCUUUCCCAUUUAUUCUUUGGCCAGCUAUGCCAAUGUGGUGCUAUUGUUUCUUUAAGAAAGUACUUGACUAAAAAAAACGAAAAAAGAAAAAAAAAGAAAGCAUAGACAUAUUUUUUUAAAGUAUGAAAACAACAAUCCUAUAGAUAGACGGCUUAAUAAGAUAGUAUUAGAUCUAGCCACCACCUUUCAACUUUAUAUCACUAACAAGUAGAAUAUUGUUCACCAAGUUGUGAGUUUGGGGGUUCAGAGACAGAGGAUGAAAAGGUGUUAAAGUCUGAAGACUCCAUUAUUUCGUUGGCUCUCAAAUUCAACAAAAUUAGCAAUACUUUACCCAAUCUGAAAUGUUGCUCAAUAGCAUGGAGUCAAAAUGGGAGGAGAAAAAGAACUUGAGGCAAACGGCAGAAGAGGAUUAAGUUACCUCUUGCUUUUUGUUGGUUGCUUGGGUUUCUUGUUGAUUUUUGGUUUUGAUUUUAGUUUUGAUGUGCGUGUGUUGCUUACAUGUGCUUGCAUGUGUGUGAGCACGCAUGUGUGUGCUCCACUCUAAAACAAAUGCUCAGAAAGUGGAGAAAAUAAAAGCAAAGAUUUUAAGAACAUAGACUUACCUAUUACUAGAAAGAGCUUCUGCCACAUCCUCUAGGAUAUGCACUAAAUUCUGGUUUUUAGAGGAUGCUCUUCCACCAGACGCCUCAAAGAGUGCUCGCUCCCCUAGAAACAGUCAUGGAUCUCAUUGGGAAAGGUUGGAAAGUAUUUUCUUGUGAGAUGGGGGUUAUCUACCGACAAAGAAAGUUAAGAACUUAUGAGAAAUUUUUUAAGAAGAUGGCUGACAAUCUGUGAAGAUUUUCUUUUGUUUUGUGUUGGUUUUUUUUUUUUUAUCUUAUACAAUCUUUAUGAAUGAAAGUCUUAAUGUUCAAAAUGACUUGGUCUUUUUUUCUCUUUCGGAGUAGAAUGGAAGAUAAUAAACUCAUAUCCAUUCUUUAUAGGCUAGCUAGAAAUGUAUGGUUUGGCUUAUUGAAUCAGACUAUUUUAAAUGUUCCUUUCUAUUUUCAAUCAUAAAAGAUUGUCUAGAGGAGGCCCUACUUGGCUCUUCUCCCAUGAAUAAGCAUUCCCAUUCAAAGCACAUUGGUUUUCCCAUGUUUUCAAAGAUGGAUGAUUACUAUUAAGGAAUUAUUCACCUUAAAAUACAGUAGAGGUGUGAGUCUCUGUCCCCACUCCCCAAAAACAUCAUGAAGUCCUGACUCGGAGGGGGGUGAAACUAAGGGAAAUUUUUGUUGCUUCUUUUGUUUUCAAGGCUAGUGCUUAAUCCUAUAGUGCAUAUUUACUUACUGCUAUUGUGAUACUCUAUAAGACUUUCCUGUUAGGUAUUAGAAAGUGAUACAUAGAUACCUUCUUUGUGUGGUUUCUCUUUAAAAGAAAAGAGACAAGACUGUCUGAAGCUUAAGUGCAUCUGGUACAUGAUAACCAAGUCACAUCUGGUACUAUCUAUCCCCUCUUUCCUAUCAUUUUAAGGAAAACUUUCCUAGAGAAGACAGAAGCCCAGGGGACUUUUGAAACUGUCUUUGUUCCUCACAGUCCUUUUUCCCCCCAGUGUCUGCCUCAGACUUUUAUAGAGGCUGGCCAGAGAAAAUCUAAUAACUAAAGGACUGUCUUUUAAAACACACAUUUCACAUGCUCCCUCUUAAUUUAUGAUUAUAUUAAUUUCAGACAUGAUUUUUCUUUUUUUAAUCUGUCAUUAAUAUGGGUUUUUAAGUAAAAAAAAUUAACCAAAAAAAAAAUGAGAAGGAAUACAAAAAUCCAAAUGUCACCACCCAUUGAAAUGGAGCUAAAAUGGAAAUACUUUCUCCUACCUGAAACCCAGGCUAAAUCACCUUCAACAUGACCUUUCACAGUCUUUAGAAUCUGCCUGUGUUUAAAUUGCCUAGGCCUAAAAGUAAGCAUUAUUCAUUUUCUUUUGCCCAAAAUGCACUUAUGUAAAGUACGAAAAUGAAAAUCAGAACUCAAAAAAUCCCUUCCAAACCUCCCACUGACCCUGUUCACCAGCUCAUUGUAAAGUUUCUUUUGUUGAUCACCUAAUCUCAUUCUGUUUGAAUAUUUACCUUGUACCUACUGCUAACCACACUGCAGGAGGACUCUGAAACCUCAAGCUGUCUAUUCACAACUCUUAUCUGUGUUUAUGUAUCAUUAAAAUAUCUAUUCAAAAUAUCAAAAAUUUCUAAACAUCAUGCAGUUUAUAUUCAAUUUACAUUAAGAACCCCAAAUAUCAUAUCAGAUCAGAUCUCUGUUGGUUAAAGAGUUAAUGAGCUAUGAGAAUUUGGAUUACAUCAUGUAUUUUUCUUCAUUUUUAUCACAUUUAAAAUAAAGGCCAAGUGUGAUAAAUAACUUACAGACAUUGAAUUAAUUUUCCUCCUGAAACCUGAAAGUAAUAAUUGGUCACUCAUUGUAUCUCUUUUAUUCAAAAACAUCUUCUAUCAAAUUAAUCCUGAUUGUAUUUGAAAUGAUUAUUAUUCAAUUCAUUUAUGGAAAAACAAUAUCAGUCCUAAUGACUUCUAAAAAUGUAACUAACUGAAUCAUUAUCUUACAUUUACUGUUUAGUAAGCAUAUUUUGAAAAUGUAUGGCUAGAGUGUCAUAAUAAAAUGUUAUAUCUUUCUUUAGUAAUUACAUUAAAAUUAAUCAUGUUUGAUUAA